UUCCGUAGGAAGAAGCGGCCGGAAAGAUGGCGGCGGCUGCGGUUUGAAUUCCAGCGGCGCCGCCGGAGUCCCAACAAGAGCUGGGUUAGAGGGGGCGGGGACCUGGGGAGCCAGGCGGAUCGCGACAAGCCAGCGGAACCAGUGGCGCCUUCGCCACAGGUACCAAUGCCUCUGUGUCCAUGAUGGACUCCGUGUUGGAAGAGGACGUCACCCUCCCCGGGACGCUCAGCGGCUGCAGUGACCUUGCUCCUGCUUGCCCAGAUGACCUGGAUGGCAUCAAUACCUGUGUUGGAUUGGAAAAUGGAGAGCUCCCACAAGUGUCAGAAGAAAAGGUGUCUCCCACCAGAGUACGGAACAUGAAGGACUUUGAGAAUCAAAUCACUGAGUUGAAGAAAGAAAACUUUAACCUGAAGCUCCGCAUCUAUUUCCUCGAGGAGAGGCUGCAACAGGAACUUGAUGGCCCCACUGAACACGUCUACAAAACUAACAUCGAGCUCAAGGUGGAAGUAGAAAGUCUGAAGAGGGAGCUGCAGGAGAGAGAGCAGCUGCUCAUCAAAGCCUCCAAAGCAGUUGAGAGCUUAGCUGAAGGUGGUGGCUCUGAAAUUCAGCGGGUGAAAGAAGAUGCUCAGAAGAAGGUGCAGCAGGUGGAAGAUCUCCUAACCAAGAGGAUACUCCUUCUGGAAGGGGAUGUGAAAGCCGCCCAAGCAGAACUGGAAAAGGCCUUUGCAGGAACAGAAACGGAGAAGGCUCUUCGGCUGAGUUUGGAAAGCAAGCUUUCAGAGAUGAAGAAGAUGCACAAGGGGGACUUGGAGAUGGUCCUGGUUCUGGAAGAGAAGGACAGACUGAUUGAGGAGUUGAAGCUGUCUUUGAAGAGCAGAGAAGCUUUAAUUCAGUGCCUUGAAGAGGAGAAAUCUCAGACGGCAUGUCUUGAUGAGAAUGUGUCAUCUGGAGAGCUCCGAAGACACUCUGCUGCUCUGAGGGAGGAAAAGGAGAGAGAUGCUGAGGCUGCACAAAUGGAGCAUCAGAAGGAGAGAAGUCAUUUUGAAGAAAGGAUCCAGGCACUUCAGAAGGACCUGAGAGAAAAGGAAAGAGAAAUUGCUGCAGAGAAGAAAAAUAGUUUAAAGAGGGAUAAAGCCAUUCAGGGCCUAACCAGGGCAUUAAAAUCAAAGGAAAAAGAGGUUGAAGAACUUAACUCUGAAAUCAAAGAGCUCAGUGCUACCUUUGCUGAGGCCAAAGAGGCCCUGCAGAAAACACAGGAAGCACAGAUCCUGAAAUGCCAGGGCUCUGAAGGCUCCCAGGCUGCUCUGACAGAAAAGGAAGCCCUCUUGGCUGAGCUGCGCUCAGAAAACCUUACUAAGAGUUCGGAGAACCACAGACUGCGGAGGAGCAUUAAGAAGGUCACUCAGGAGCUCAGUGACCUGCAGCAGGAGAAGACGAGACUGGAGAGGGACCUGGAGGAAGCCCGCUGCGAGGGGAGCAGGGGAGCCCGCACCAUCCAGGACCUGAGAAAUGAAGUUGAAAAAUUAUGCAAUGAAGUCAAUGAAAGAGAGAAAGCAGUGGAGAAUUGCUACAAGAGUCUUUUAAGUGAAAGCAAUAACAAAUUGCGUGGUCAAGAGCAAGUAAUCAGACAUCUGAUAGAAAGUGCCAGUCAAAAGGACCCGCUGCUUCAGAAAUUCAGUGAAAAAGAUUUGGAAGCAGUACAGCAGAACCGGUAUUUAAUGACUGCCGAGGAUCUUGAGUUCAGGAGCGAAGGCUUAAUAACAGAAAAGUGCUCUUCUCAACAGUCACCAGGCAGCAAGCUCAUCUUCUCUCAGGAAAAGGAACAGUCAGACUAUGAAAAGCUGAUACAGGUCUUACAGCAGGAGCAGGACAUCUAUGCCCAGCUGGUGAGGUCUCUGCAGGACCCAGACAGUAUGGACACCGUGCAGGCAGAGUUGAACAACAUUUUUGCCCUGCGGAAGCAACUGGAACGGGAUGUGCUUACGUAUCGGAAUUUGCAAAAGAGCCUUGCGGAGCAGAUCAGCGAAAUUCGGAGGCGGGAAGAAGAACCAUUUUCAUUUUAUAGUGAUCAAACGUCUUAUCUAAGUAUUUGCCUUGAAGAAAACAGUCAGUUUCAAGUGGAGCAUUUUUCUCAAGAAGAACUUAAGAAAAAGGUCAGCGAACUUAUACAGCUGGUGAAGGAACUCUACACAGACAACCAGCGUCUGAAGAAAACCUUUUUUGAUCUCUCCUGUGAGGGUUUCCAGGGAAAUGGCAGACCUGAGUCAACAGAACAAAGAGAGCUUCUAGCUAGCAAGGAGGACGAGGACACGAUCAAAAUUGGAGAGGAUGACGAGAAUAAUUUCCAGAAUGACCAGCAUUUGGAGCAGAGUAAUGAGAUCACUGAGGACUAUGCCAAAUUAGGCAACAAAAAUGGAUAUUUAAGACACACGGAUUCCAAUAUUUUAGACUAUGAAGGAGCCCACAAGCCUGGCUGCCCCGGAGACCAGAGCCAGGAAGCAGGGGAGCUCUUGGGUCUGCUUGCCCCUUUCUUGCACGAGAAGGCUGCAUUGUCACUGGAAUCCAGAAACAGGCCAGACCUUCUGAAAAUGCUAGGUGACUUGCUUUUGGAACGAAUAUGCUUGGCAGAGCAGGAAGUUUCUGGAAAACACCUUGAUGGUAAAACUGAGAAGACACUUCAGCAAAUGGCCAUUCAGCAAAGAGGUGAACUUGAACCUUUCGUCCAAGCCAGCUCAUUCUCCAAGCCACAUGAUGAACAGAAAUUGACUUGGGAUCAGCUGGCAAAGACAGGCGAAGUGGCCAAGGUGGAGCUCAAGGAUGCCUCAGUGCAGACUGUGGCCAAGGAGGGUGACCUGCUUGGAUUCCGACAAGGAGGAGAGAAGCCAUCUGGCACCAUAUUGAAUGCUGAGCCCCAGCCAGAGACCUGGUGCCAGCUUCCAGGGCAGCAGGCCACUCCCCUCUCCGGCCCCUGUGCUAGCCACAAAGAUACUAAGAAGUCCCGCUUGCCCAUCCUCAUAAAACCAUCCCGGUCAUUAGGAAAUAUGUAUCAUCUCCCUGCCACCCAGGGGGUGAUAGCUCGGCUACAGGGCCAGAUCCUAGAGCUGCAGGGGGAGCUGAAGGAGUUUAAAACUCGCAAUAAGCAACUGCACCAGAAGUUGAUUCUGGCUGAGGCAAUGAUGGAGGGGAGGCCAAUGCCUGACCCUAUGCUGCUGAAUGUGCCGGCAGCUCAGCCCCUUGUGGGACCAGCCUACCAGCAGAGCCCAGGAGAACAGAUGGGAACCACAGCCAUGCCCUCUGCUCACAAAGACAGGGAGGUGGAUGACAACCAGCAGACAAGCCUCAGGACGGAUCCUGAAAUUUGUCUGUCUGAUGAUGUUCCCAUGUUACCAGCAUGCAAGGAGAAUUCUGAAGAUUUUCUGGGCCCAAUGUCAGUAGCUACUCACUUGAGUUCUAAGAGUCAGCUUUCUGUUAAAGUCAACGUGACUGAGACUGACCAGUCUGAGAACAUCAGUACCUUAAAUGAUGUGGAAAACUUAAAACAGAAAAUCUGUGACUUGGAAGCUGAGCUGGCGGGCUACCGGGAUUUCAUAUUUCAGCUUCAAAAACACUCCCAGUGCAGUGAGGCCAUUAUUACAGUUUUGUGUGGGACAGAAGGGGCCCCAGAUGGGUUGAAUAAGCCCAAGGGCAGUGCUGAUGAAGAAGAAAUGACCUUUUCCAGUUUGCACCAAGUACGAUAUGUGAAGCACAUGAAAAUCCUCCAUCCUCUGGCCCCAGAGAUGAUUGAUGGCAGGAUGGUUGAGGGCCUCAAGCAGCAGCUGCUGGACCAGGGGGAUGAGUUGCCGAAGGAGCAGAAUUUGAACUUGGAACUCUUCAGUGAAAUCCACAACCUGCAGAAUAAGUUCAGAGAGAUCUCACCCUCGAGAUACGAUUCAUUAGUUCAGUCCCAAGCCAGGGAGCUGUCCCUUCAGCGGCAGCAGAUUAAGGACAGCCACGGCAUCUGUGUCAUGUACCAUCAACAUGUGAACACCAUGAUCAAGGCGUUCGAGGAGUUGCUGCAGGCCAGCGACGUGGAUCACUGUGUGGCCGAGGGCUUCCAGGAGCAGCUGAAUCAGUGUGCAGAGCUCCUGGACAGACUGGAAACUCUGUUUCUCAAUGGAAAAUCAUCUGGAGUGGAGCUGAGUCCCCAGAAUGAGCCGAUAGAGAGGACUGAGGAAGACAACGUGGACUACCAGCGUCUUCUACCCGAAUCUCCUAGGCCUUUCUCCUCUCAUGUGCUGUCUGAUGAUGAAAUAUCCGAGAAGUCCUUCCUCUCCCGAGAACAGAAGCAAGACAGCGUGUCCGGGCAGACUUCAGUCAUGGCAGACCAUUUUUCUCAAGACUUACUAAUGGAACACAUACAGGAAAUUCGAACUUUGAGAAAACGUUUAGAAGAAUCUAUUAAAACAAAUGAGAAGCUGCGGAAACAGUUGGAACGGCAAGGGACUGAGUUUGAUCAAGGGGCUACAAACAUUUUGGCUUAUGGUUCAGAGCUGCACAAUUCUCUCACCUCAGAGAUUAAUUUCCUGAGGAAGCAGAACCAGACGCUCAAUGCGAUGCUCCUGAAGGGGUCUCAAGAUAAACAGAAAGAGAAUGAAAAAUUACGAGAGUCCCUCUCCGGGAACGUGGCAAGCCUGGAGCGCCUGCAGCAGGAGCAUGCCUCUGUGCGGGGAGAAAACGAGAGGCUGCGGAAGGAAGUCGGCGAGAGGGACAGGCUCAACCAGCAGCUGAGCCAGGAGCUGGACAGGGCACAGAAGGAGGUGAAGUGGAGGCAGCAGCUGCUCUCACAGAACCACAAGUUGCUCCAGUCUCUCCGCGUGGAGCUGAAGGUGUAUGUGAGGCUGGACGAGGAGCACCAGAGGCUACAGCAAGAGACUGGAGCAGAGGCACCAGAAGGCUGGAAGGGGCAGGAGCUUCUCAGUGACCUGCACGACCUCCUGACAGAGAUCCAGGCUCUGCGGGCACAGUUGGAAGGUGGCAUCAAAACCAAUAGCACCUUACAGAGCAAGCUGGAGGAGCAGCUGGCACAGGGGGAGAAGAAGGCCCAGGAAGGAGACCUCAGUCUGGCUGUCCAAGCCCCGGGUGUCCUCGAUUGGACCCUACAGCUAGACAAACACGAUGAUAACAAAUGUCCCCUGGCAAGCAGUAAUUCCUCUGACCUUGAGUCCACUUGGGCUGUGAUGCCAAAGUCAGCUUCAGAGACUCCUCCACUCUCUGGAAAUGACAUAGACUCCUUCUCCUGCAUCAGUGGCAGCUCUGUAACCAGCACCCCUUGCCUGCCCCGCAUGGCUUCUCGCCUGUGGGCCAGCAGGAGUGGCCGCCACAUCCUGGGCCUGAUCGAGGACUAUGAUGCGUUGUGUGAGCAGAUCCACCAAGGACAGAGGCUCCUUGCUGAGAUGGACAUGCAAACCCAAGAGGCUUCCAGCCCCAUGGGUCAAGAGCUGAGGACAAAGGGUCUGCACUUGGUGCCCCUGAGCAAGUUUGUCUCCAGCGUGAGCACGGCCAGGCUGAUCCUAGAAGAGGCCUCGAGGUUGCUGAAGCUCCUUUGGAGAGUCUCACUCCCCACAGAUGGCCAGUGUACCCUUCACUGUGGGCAGAUUGGAGAAAUGAAAGCAGAGAUCACCAAACUACAGAACAAAUUGUUUGAACAAGAAAAGAAGUUGCAGAACAGCAUGAGGCUUUUGCAGCAGAGCAAGCACCAGGAAAAAGUCAUCUUUGACCAGUUGCUUGUAACCCACAAGGUCCUUCGGAAGGCCAGAGGAAACCUAGAGCUGAGGCCCGGGGGUGCCCAUCCAGGAACAGCCAGUCCCAACAGACCUGGCUCCUGAGGACUUGAAGCUAAUAAAGCUUGUGGCCCCGAGAUCACGCGUCUCUGUUCCAGCUGAGGCUUCUGGUGGCUGAGGGAGAAAGGGGAGAAAUGGCUGCCUGGCCCAAGGAAGUCUCUUUCCCUCCGUGUUCUCCAUCCACACGUGGCUCGUGGUUGUGGCCACAGAGGUUCAGGUGCUCUGCGGUGAGGCGUGGAAAGGCCUUGAGCUCUGGGAGGCUGCGUGGGUCUGGGGCAGAGGGAUGGCGUUGAGGCUGCAUGCGUUGCUAGGCUCCACGUUUGUCCUGGGUGACCUUGGCUCUCACUGGCUCUGCAGUUUGAAGAAUCUCCUUAAAUGAUUCAUUGCAUUCCAAGGGGAUGAUUCAGUCACUUUGUGUGGAGCCUCAGAGCCUGGGUCCCAAACUCCCCUGUGGGACAGGCCAGGUCUCAGGAGUCACUUGAUCCUCAGAUCUCGCCCUGAGCCUGCUGCUGAGCCCUCGCAGGUUUCCAGAGAGGAGGACUCCAAGCAGCGUGGCCUUGGGCUGUGCCUGCACCCUACAGGUGCUCGGCCUCUCACAGUCACCUGGAGAACAGCCCUCUCAGUGGUGCUGUCUGACUUAGGAAGGAGCGGGGUAAGGCUGGGACUUGGCAUUUGCACUGUCCCGAUGAUGACAGUCCACCCAGUGUCCUCAUUGGUGCCUGGGGGUACUUGCUUGCUGCAGCUUGUUAUUAACCCUGCUUAUCCUUAACCUUUGCCCUGAACGUCACAGUGUCCCUGAGAAGUAAACAAAGCAGGGCUGAAGCUGGCCCAGGGACCUCCUGGAGACGGGGCAGACUUGGCCCCCAGUUGUGCUUUGACAUGAUUCUCUUGGCCUUGCUCUUCCUGUCUCACAGUCCUGUGCCCAUGGUCAGGUUCACAAAGUGCCCAGCUGGGCAGAUGGGCCUCUUGUAGGAGGCUGGGCAGGGAGCACUUGGAACCCUGACUCAGUGUCCCUCACUACCUCUGCUUCUGCCAUGUUCUGUGCAUUUGAGUGACCUUUGGGAUGACCCUGCAUUUUGCUUUCCUUCUGAAGUCACUCAUGCAGACCUGCUGCCUCUAGCUGUGGCCUCCCCUGCACCCAGCUCCCGGCUGCCUCAUCCCCCUCGUGUCCUGACCUCUUAGAGUUGUUCCCUGUCUCUGGUCCUCUGCCUCUUCUCCUGUCCCUGGGCUCCUCUCUAGUAUUUAAUUCCUUUUCCAUCCAGUUUGUUGGUCUUGCGCCCCACCCCCAGAUUCCUUCUCUGCCCUACAGCAGCUGAGGUGCUGAGAAAACAGGGCAUCUGAUCAUGAUGCUCCCCCACCCGAUAGCCACCGGUGUCUUCCCGCCACCUUCUGGUCCAAGCCCAGGUCCCUGACAGGGUUCAUGGGGGCCCGUGUCUGGCCCCUCCUGGUGCCCCUGGCUCCUGUCAUUCCACUUCCUUGCAUUCUGGUCGGGUCCAGGCGAACUGAACCAUCUCCAGCUCACUGGUGGGGCCUUGCUGCCCUGCCCUACCCAGCCCAGCCAGGGUGCUGACUCUUUGAAGUGCCCCUCCCACCCUUUCUCUUUCCAGCUAGCUUUGAGUGGUCUUUCAGAAAUCUUUCCCCCAUUGAGCCUCUCCCGAUCCUUGAUGCUCUGUGCUGCAUCCCUCUCUGCUCCUGCUGCCCCCAGAGCCGUCACUCCCUGUUUGGGGACCUCCCUGAGCUCCUGGAGAGCGUCUUGGCAGGCCUGGUACACAGAGCCGAGAGAUGGGACCAGUUCCUGGGAGAGACCUGAUCCGAGGAGCCCGUCUUCAGGUUGCUGGGAGACAGUACUAACUCCUGUGCAGCCAAGGGCAGCUUCAGGCACCCCACAGUUCCUCCCUGGAGCCCCCAGAGCCAUGUGGAGGAAGUGAUGGUGGUCAGGGUCACCCUGUCUUCACAGAUCAGCCAAGAGCCUUAGCUUAUGGUUAAUGGAGCCAGGACUUGAUCCCUCUUGAUCCCUCCUGUCCUUCCAGACCCCAGACUGGCUUCUCUGCCACCCACACACCUGCCCAGAUGCAGGGAUGCUCAGCUGGAGGCAGAGGGAGCAGAAGCCAGGUGAGCCCAGGAGGGGGCCUUACCCCAGGUACCCUGGACAGGUAGUCGGGAAGGUCCCUUCCCGCAGGGGUUCCUCCUCUGCACAGCCACCCCUCAUUUUCACAUUUGCCUGGGUGUGAAAACUCAGAUUUAGGCAUAAUGUCAAAUGGAGUUCCUUUUCCAUGAAAUCAUACCAUGGUCUUUCCAAACAGAAGCUUGGUCAACAGGAGGCCUGGGUCCAGGCCCCAGCCUCCACACCUGUCAGAUGGGGCUUACCCUUCUGCCCAGUCCUGAUGGCAGAGUUGAUGAGAGCCUCAAAAAUUUAGAAAUAGCUGAAAAAUAACAUUCUUGUCAAAAAUCAGUGGCUCUUCAGUGUCUCUUCUGUGGCUGGUCUCAAGCAAGUUUUUUUUUUUUUAAUAUUUAAUUGAUUUUAUUCUUUAAAUACAUGACAGUGGAAUGCAUUACAAUUCUUAUUACACAUAUAGAGCACAAUUUUUCAUAUCUCUGGUUGUAUAUAAAGUAUGUUCACACCAAUUUAUGUCUUCAUACAUGUACUUUGGAUAAUGAUAUCACAUUCCACCAUCAUUGCUAACCCCCUGUUCCCUCCCUUCCCCUCCCACCCCUCUGCCCUAUCUAGAGUUUGUCUAUUCCUCCCAUGCUCCCCCUCCCUACCCCAUUAUGGGUCAGUCACCUUGUAUCAGAGAAAAUAUUUGGCAUUUGUUUUUUUUGGAAUUGGCUAACUUCACUUAGCAUUAUCUUCUCCAACGCCAUCCAUUUACCUGCAAAUGCCAUGAUUUUAUUCUCUUUUAUUGCUGAGUAAUAUUCCAUUGUGUAUAUAUGUCACAUUUUUUUUUUAAUCCAUCCAUCUACUCAUGGGUAUCUAGGUUGGUUCCAGAGUUUAGCUAUUGUGGAUUAUGAAAAAAAUGUUCAUCAUCUCUAGCAAUUAGAGAAAUGCAAAUUAAAACUACUCUAAGAUACCAUCUCACUCCAGUCAGAAUGGCAGUUAUUAUGAAGACAAACAACAAUAAGUGUUGGUGAGGAUGCAGGGAAAAAGGCACACUCAUACAUUGCUGGUGGGACUGAAAUUUGGUGCAGCCAAUAUGGAAAGCAGUAUGGAGAUUCCUUGGAAAACUGGGAAUGGAACCACCAUUUGACCCAGCUAUCCCUCUCCUCGGUCUAUACCCAAAGGACUUAAAAACAUCAUACUACAGGGACACACUCAAGCAAGUUUUUAAAGUUUUAUUUGAAGUUCCUGUGUCAGGUGUGCACAGAUGCAGUGUGUAUGUGAGUGGUCAGAGGUGGGGGUGCAUUGGAGUGGUUAGCCCAGGCUAGGCUUGACGUCAGACCAGGAUUUGCCCAUGGGGGAACAGAACCACCUUCCCUGGUUUGUGCACAGUCCGUGGACCCUGAGGUUGGUCAUUGGCAAGGGCAUGAACUGGGGGUGCUCUGAAAAAGGAACCUCUGGUACAUCCAAGCCUGUGUGGCUGCGAGUCCCAGGAUGCCUGGGAGCAAGGCCCGCAGAGCAGGCCUGUGAGAGCCCUUCUCUUCAGGCCACCACAGGUUAUCAGGACAUGGUAAUCCAAACAAACGUGUUUUUAUUCCUUAGCUUAAAGAAAGUCCCAGCCUUGUCCUAGGGAAGGCCCACCCUUCUCUAGGAGGUAGAGGAGCAGACGGUUUGUUUGGGCUGGAUUAGGGCCAAGAACAAACUCUGCAGAUGGGGCAAUUUGGACCUUGGGAAAAGCUCCGUUGUCCCUGGUGAGUUAAUUUCACCAGCAGCUGAAUUCAGGAGGCUCCUAAGCAGCAAUCAGAAAAUGCGUCAAUUUCACAUCCUCUGUGAGAUUAAUUACCACGUGUGCAGCGCACCUGAGACAAACAGCUGCAGGGGCUAAAUAUAUCCAGGAGAGGAGAGGCCACGCCUCCGCUCAGCCUGCCUUGGGAGGGGUGCUUUGACCUCACUUCUGAAGCCCACCUGCCUGCUUCGCUGCCGUGAGGCACAGGUAAGCUCCUGGACCCCCAGGCAGUGGCAGCCUGGAUAGCAGGAGCCACCUCCUCCUGUCCUCCAUUUUUUUAGUCUGCACCCCCUACCCAUUUCACAGAAAAGGAAACUGAGUCACUCAGAAUCUGUUCUCUGAAUUUUCCUGCCCUGCUUACAGACAGAUGGUAUCCUCACGUGCCCUUUCCCACUCAGUGUCUCUGGAUGACCAGAGCAGGGACCCAGAGCCCCACAGUUGAAUUCCUCCACACAGUAGCCCGGGAACUGCUUGUAAAUGGCCUGUGGGUGGAGAAGGAGUGAUCUUGUUAAUACAAGUUCUCAGCAUCGCCUCGGCCCGGAAACCUGCCUGGGGGAUCCUGGCCCUGCCAAAUGGCCUCUGCGAUCUUGGCCAUAUUUUAUGUCUAACUCAAAAAUCCAAUUAUCAAGAUUACUCAUCCCGUCUCCUGAGGAGGCCAGGCUCUGCCUCAGGGCCAGGCUGUUUACCUUUGGCCGCAGUGGGGCCUUCCCAGCUAGCUUUGCUGCUUGCCAGGGGGCUGGCUGUGGGCAGAUCCGGAGACUCAGGGGUCUUGUCCUGGGCGUAAGGAGGUGCCUGAAAAGACUAAGCCUCAGUUUCCUCAUCUGCAAGGUCACGAGAUGGGGAAAGCUAAAGAGACAGAAUGACCCCAGGUGAGGCCCAAACGUCAGCCCAGGCCUGGGGGUUUGUUCCUGAGGGUCCUGCAUUCAGCCAGUACCUCCUCCUCCCUUACUCUCUGCAUCCUGUCUGACAUCAGUGUCACUUCACCUCCCAAAGCCAUUGCUUCAUCCAGGUGGCCAUCAGUUCCCACCUGGACCACUUACUGCAACAGUAAGACUUCCCCACUUGCACCCCUACCCUCUCCAGAUGUGCCCCAGGCCACAGCUAGAGCAGAUCUGCAGUGCAGAGCCCCCACUUACCUGGUGCCAAGUGUGGAACGCUUCCUCACCUGGAGUGGUGCAGGCCCUCAGGCCCGGCUGCUGCCCUCUGCUUUCCCCUCAGGCACAGGGCGGCUGCAUGCUGCCCCUGCCCGGCACCUCCCUGGCACCUCUCACCCUGGCUUCUCGAGCUGGUGGCUCCUAGUUAUGUUCCAGAGCCCAGUCCUUAGUCUCCCCAGUCAGAAGCGGCAGUGAUGCUGAUGUUCGGUGCCUGCUGAAUCUGCCUCACUGGCAUUUGGCUACCAUGUGACUUUGAAUCGUGCAUUUGAGGAGGAUUUGGGCCGGUUACGCCUCUUCCUGUCACUAGCCUGAAGUUCUGGAAGGCCCCAGACCUGGUGUGACUAGCUCCCCCCCCCCCAGACCUGGUGCCUGGCCCAGGGCCAGCAAAUAUGCUCACUCACCUGUGUUCUCAGCUGCUCCCACCCCCAGAAGAGCUGGAGCUGGUGGGCAAGAGACAAAUAAUGGUGCUAAGGGGGAUACUUGUCCUGGGGUCCCAUGAGCAGGUAGUAUUGGGAAUAUUACCACGUGCUCUUCCUGCCGGCUCUGUGGGGACGGUACUGCCUUUUUCAGAUGAAAGAGGCACAGAGCCACCUACCUGCCCAAUGUCACAGGGCCAGAGGCUGGGAGCUGCAUUCCAGCGGAGCCUGCGGGUGCCCCCUGUCCGCCUUGGGCUCGAGGGCUGAGCUGCACAGAUGUACCGAUCGCACUUGCAGAUCGUCAGCUUCGGCAUCUGCCCGCUCAGAGGCUCCUGCAAGGGACCCAAAGCCCAGCCCUGGCCCUGGCUUGGCCCAUUUCUGCCCCUCUAACUCACUAUCUUCAGCCUCUCUGUCCUUAGCUUCCCUGUCCAUUGGCAGUGUCCAUGUUGACCCAUCUCCUGACCCAGAGGCAGCCCUGGGCAUGGCAGGCCCCUCCCCUGGAUCACUGUUGCCGGCUGCAGUGGUCCCCAGCACCUUGGAUCACUGUUGCCGGCUGCAGUGGUCCCCAGCACCUUCCCUCAAGAUCUGUCACCAGCAUCCUGUUAGCUGGCGUUCACACUGGAGCUUAAUUACAUGUUUGCAGGCUUGAAAAGACACUAUUUGUAUUAAUGCCACUUUCUCCUCAACAGAACAAUGUGUGGUCCCAGUUCAGUUGGGGCAGUGGAUGACAGGGCUGGCAGGCACAGGGAAACAGAAGAACAAGGUCAUCCCAGACUCCUUGUCCUCAGCUGAAAUGACAUUGGGGUCAGAGACCAAAGACAUAAGUGACCAGGCCACAGAGCUCUCUGAGAGUGGGGCCAAUGGCUGGGAGCCCAGCUAGAACCCGUGUGUGAGAGAAGCCUGAGGGGGUGGGGGGGUACUCAGCAUAGGAAGGAAUUUGAAGACCUCGGUGUCAAGUUCAUUUCCAGCACCUACCUUCUCCCAAGUGCCAGGUCCAGUGUGUGCCCUGAGGCUCCUCGUUGGGUGUCGGGGAGCCAGACGGGGAGGCAGGCCCUCAGUUAACUGGCUCUAUCAUGAUAAAUGAUCACCAGGGCCCUCAGGCACCCAGAAAAGGGACUCCUAACUGGCCUUGGAGGUGACAGGGAAGGUGCCCUAUGGUGACCCUAGGUGAGUGGAAAAGGCCACCUGGGGAGAGCAGGUGAAGAGGAGGGGGUGCUAGGUCGAGGAAAGAGCUGAGAAAGGCCCACGCUCACUGCCGUGGAUCUGGCUGGGGUUUAGAAUCCACUCGGUCAUCCUGGCAGGACCUCAGGUGCCACCGUGGGGCAAGAGGACUUCAUCCAGGAGCAGCAGGGAAGAGACUAGAAAUGUGGUGUUUGAGCAAGGGGGCUGGGUGGGUGCUGUGAGGGUCAGGCCCACCCGUCCUCACCUGGGCAGGACUGGAAAUGAGGCUGCUCUGGGUUCAAGACACCUCGGAGGACAUGGGCCUGUUUACCCCCUGGGAUGGGGCCGAGGAUCAGGAUGGGGUCGGCUGCUGGCUUGUGGCUCAGUAGUGGUGUAACUGCGUUCACGGGGAGAGAGCAGUAGAGAUGGUGACCAAGCCAAGAUCAUCUUCGUGGUGGGCAGAACAGAAGGCGGCAGGUGGAAGAGGCCCUCCAGGGGGCGGGGCCGUCUGUGCAAAGGCUGCAGGGGGGCCACGAUGGUGAGCUGCGGCUCACCUGAGGUGAGCCGGGUCAACCUGAGGUUGGGGCAAAGAGUCAGCAUUCAUUCGUCUUUUGGGUGGUCGUGGGAAGCCAGCGGCACUUGUGUCUGGGAGGUGGAGCAAGGCCAGGGAGGAGGCAGAACAGAACAGGCUGGCUGGGUGAAGGACUCAUGGUCCCCAGGGUGGCUGAGCUGGUGGCCAUGGGCCUACUGGUGUCUCAGUGGCUGCAGGGAGGCUGCCAGCCAGAGGAAGCAGCCUCUACUCCCACAGCAAUGGGAACAGCAGCCUGGACGUGGCCUUCAGGGGACUUGCCUUGCUCAGGACUCCUGCUAAGAUACGGCCCCUGCGCCCUGCCCUCGAGUGACGUCCGGAGACACAGGGUAUCUGAGCAGCUCCAGGACGGCUGCUGCUCUGCCCUCUGGGAGUGCUCCGAGUGCCCCCAGACCCCACUUCCUCACCGUUAAGACAGGAUCAGGGCUGGGUAGCCGCACUGCCUUUCUCCUACCCAGACCUCCUUCCCUUCAUGUCCCCUCUACUCCAGGAAGCCUCCCUCCUCCCCAGGGAGCCCGUGCUCGCCGCUCCCUGCCUCUCACCAGCCCUGGGAGUCCUUUCCUUCCUUGCCUUCUCUCCCCUCUGUCCUCUCUCCCCCACUCCUAUUGCUCACAGCUUCUUGCCUGCAUCCAGGUAUGGGGGCCCUCUGGUUUCCCUGCCCUGUCCCCACCUGGUCUCUGCACAGCCAGGAUAUGCUCCAGCACCCCAAACCCGACCCUGUCACUCCCCUGUGUGUGAAUCCUCCCAGACCAGUCCCGUUCCUCCCACAUCCUGGCCUGUGGUGUCUGCUGGCCUUCCCUGCCCAUCCAUCUGGGCUUGUUUUUGUUGGUGUCCCCCUGCCUCGUCCAUGUGGUGCUGGACCUUGUCAUUCUCAUAGGCCCCCAAAGUCACCUUCUGCAUCUCUGGGCUUCGCACAUGUGUCUCCUGGUCUGAAAUGCUCACCUCGCACAUCCUCAUCCUGAUACCCACUGGUCCUAAAGACUCACCCUGGCAUCGUCUCUGAGCCUGCAUUCUCCAAACCUCAGUUUAUCCCCAUAUAAGAUGGGUCUGAGCCAGGCAUGGUGGCGCACGCCUGCAGUCCCAGCGGCCAGGAGGCUGAGACAGGACCAUCAAGAGUUCCAAGCCAGCCUCAGCAAAAGCAAGGCCCUAAGCAACUCCAUGAGACCCUGACUCUAAAUAAAAUACAAAAUAGGCCUGGGGAUGCGGCUCUGUGGGUGGUCCUUGAAUUCAAUUUCCGGGAUUCCCCCCAUCCCCCCCCCAAAAAAAUGGGGCAUGAUCCCACUUUCCCCUUGUUACUGGAGAUUGACUUGGGGUUUCAGUCAACUGCAGGCAGCUAAGUUAGCUGAGACUAAAAGGUUUUAGACUAAAAGGUUUUAAUCUAUUCAUUAGUAGAUGUAUAGUCAGCUUUUUAUCACUCACCAAAUACCUGACAAGAAAACUCAGAGAAGGAAAAGUUUAUUUUGACUGGUGGUUUUGGAGCUGUAUCCCAAAGUCAGCCUAGCCCAUUGCUCUGGGUCCAGGUGAGGCAGAACAUCAUGGCGGAAGGGUGUGGUGGAAGAGCGCUGCUCCACUCACGGUGGGCAGGAAGCAGAGAGGGUAGGGGGCUGCAGAGAACAUGCCCCCUUCCAGGGCAUCCCCCAGUGAUCCACCUCCUCCAGCCACGCCCCACCUGCCUGCAGUCACCACCCUGUGGAUCCAUUCAAACUAGGAUGGGAGAGUUGGGUUACAGCUCUCAAUUAUUUCUCCUCGGAAUGUUCCUGCAUUAACACAGGAACUCUGGGGCAACCCCUCAGCCAAACCACAAUAAGUCCAAAUAAGAGAAGUGGAUCGUCUAUUCUAUCCAUGACCUGUCAGACUACUCUGGGAGCCUUGUGACCAUUUCUGGUGACUUGGCUUUAGGCUGAUGUCAACAAAGUAGAUUAUGUCAUUAAACGUAUUUUCCAUUCAUUAAACAUAUGCCAGAAAUUAUA